AACAACUAUAUCACUUGUGCUGUUCCGAUUUGAUGUGUUUGCGAUGUGCAGGCUGGAUGCGGGCGCGGAGUGCGGGGCGGAGCGGGGCGCGGGGCCGGCGGCGGUGCACGGCGCGGAGUACGUGCAGGGUCUACUGCAGAUGUUCUCGGGCCUGCAGGUCGCCUCCUGCCUCUUCACGAACCAGGCCCACGUCCGCGAUGGCGACAGUUUCGACUUUAUCAUAGUGGGAGCUGGGAGUGGCGGAGCGGUGCUAGCGAACAGGCUCACGGAGCACAGCAGGGCCAAGGUAUUGGUCGUGGACACCGGCGGCGACCCACCCAUCGAGGCGGUGCUCCCUGGUUUAUUUCAAUACACGCCGCGAACAAGGUUAGACAAAAACUAUACGUCAGAGUACGAGAGCGGGCGGCAGCAGUGCCACCGCAACCGCGUCGCUAACCUGACCAGCGGCAACGUGCUGGGCGGCGGCAGCAGCAUCAACUAUAUGUACUACGUGCGCGGCAACCGGCAAGACUACGACGACUGGGCUGCGAUCACAAAUGACACCGGCUGGAGCUACAGAAGCGUGCUGCCUUACUUCAAAAAGUCAGAAAAACUACUGGAUCCCGAAAUAUUGCACUCUCCAUAUGCCGCGUAUCACGGCACCGAUGGAUACAUAGGGGUGACGCGACAACACGACAACAGCACAGAAAAAUAUUUCGAGGCAGUAAAGGAGCUCGGCGAGGACGUCCUACUCGACAUCAACGGUGAGCGGCAGGUGGGGUACACGCAGCAGCUGCUGACGGUGGCCGGUGGCGCGCGCCAGAGCACCGCCUGUACCUACCUCGCCGCUGCUCGGAGCAGACCGAAUCUCUUCGUUUUGAAGUUCACUACCGUCACUAAAAUAGUUUUCGAUGACUUCAAGAAUGCGGUCGGUGUAAAUGCGGAGCUAUCCAACGGCACCAAAGUGACCCUGCGAGCUAGAAAGGAGGUGCUGCUCUGCGCCGGCACCAUCAACAGUCCCAAGCUGUUAAUGCUGUCGGGAGUCGGGCCUAAGGAACAUUUACACGAAAUGGGGAUUUCGGUGCGCGUCGACUUGCCGGUCGGAUACAAUUAUCGCGAUCACGUUCAAGCUUUAUUGUUAUUUAAAAUGGAAAGAUCGAACGCAUCUCAGGCGGCGCCCCCACUCACUGAGUUCCCGCUGACCGGCUUCACGGGCUACGUCGCGCUGGGCGAGGGGCGAUCUCGGCCGGACUAUCAGGUCGUCAACUUAAUCGUGCCCAACGAUUCGACGGCCACACUUCACCUUUGCGCUUUUAACUUUUGGUUCGAUUACGACAUUUGUCAAAAGAUUUUCGACGCCGCCAAAGGAAGAUACACAUUGCUCAGUUCCGUGAAUCUGAUCUACCCGAAGUCCCGCGGCAGGGUGUCGCUGCGCAGCGCCAAUCCGCUCGAAGACGCCCGCGUCGACACCGGCAUUCUGACCGACCCCGCGGACGUCGAUAACUUGGUGCUUUACGUUCAAAAUUUUUUACGUAUUUUAAACACAAAGUAUUUCCGGAGCGUAGACGCGGAGCUCGUCGAUUUGGCUUGUGCCAAAUGUAACAAUUUGGAGUUUGCAAGUGCGGACUAUUGGCGGUGUUACGUGCUGUGUUUGAUGAGCACAUAUUUACACUUCGUGGGCACUUGCGCGAUGGGUUCAGUUACGGACUCGCGGCUGCGCGUGCGCGGCGUUCAGCGGUUGCGCGUGGUGGAUGCCAGCGUCAUGCCCACCACUGUGGGCGGCAACACCAACGCGCCCGUCAUGAUGAUCGCAGAGAGGGCGGCUGACAUCAUCAAGCGGGCACAUUUCGGGGGAUGAACAAUCUCACGAACAUCUCCAUGUCCAUCGAUGUUAUGAUAACAGAUGACAUGAGUCUAAUAAAUUUUUUUCUGCACUUACAACUUGCAUACUUGUAUCCGUGUGUUUUGAUUAAGGUACUUAUAUUAAAACUUGUUUCGCUCCAAAAUUUCAGUAAUAGAUAUGAAAAUAAUGGUGAUUCUGUCAAUACAGAACAGCGUCGUUCUGUGGCGGACUUCGCCAUAAAAUAUAUCGUGUAUUCGGCUGUGUUUGUUUUUUUAGCCGACAUACUCAA